AUGUUUUCAAACAACGCCACCAGGUACAUCGAUCCUAACCAAACAGAAACUGACAGUGAGAUACUAAUCCUUACGAAGCAUUUAUUGUUAUCGGAGAAAAUUAUAUUAAUAUUCAUCACUAUCUUCACAAUAACUGGAAAUACUAUAGUUUUGGUUGUGACUUGGAAAGAAAGAAGUCUUCAUCAACCAAAUAAAUAUUUUAUCGCUUGUCUUGCUGUCGCUGAUCUUUUGGUUGGAAUGUUUGUGGCUCCGUUGAGGUUGUAUCUACUGAAAUACCCUGAUUAUGAAUCGGCGUGGCUUGCUGCCAUGUCUUUGCAUCUAUGUCGUUUUAUGGUGUGGAUAGAUACGUUAGUAUUUACAGCAUCUAUUUACACACUGACGUUCAUCAGUUUUGAUAGAUACCUUAAAAUAAGCAAGCCAUUCAAGUACAAAUCAUGGAUGACUACUUCCACAUCAUUAAAAGUAAUAUUGCUUAUUUGGCCGAUUUCAACAGGCUUUGCCACAUUCGCCGCCACUCCUAAUUCAGGAAGCAGGGGAAUCUUGUUUACUGCCGAUUUUUGUCCAUUUGAUGCAACUAAAGGAUUCUAUACAUUUUUGGUAACAAGUGCAUUUUUUCUACCCACAAUAGUAAUACUGGUUAUGUAUACCCUCAUUUUCCUUGCUGCUCAUAAACUACAAAAACGGAUACGAAAUGGUACACUGGGUCAAAUAUUGAACAAUCAGCACCGACAACCUGCAUUAAUUCAAGAUCUGAAAGUCAUCCGGAUGCUGUCGGUUGUCGUGGGAGUGUUUAUACUUUGCUGGGGUCCUUUCUUUACUUGGGUGUUGUUGCUGUUUUACAAUCCAAGUGUUUUUGAAGGGGAUGAAAACUCAUUAAACCACUGGUAUUCUGUUCACAUGCCAAACUUCGUAAUAGUCAUGCUUCCGCUGUUUAACAGUCUAUGUAAUCCAAUAAUUUAUACCUGUCUUGACGAAAAGUACAAGGUUGCUAUCAAACAUCUGUUUAAGCGAAUUUUGUGUCGGCAACUUCCAAGAACGCGACAACCACCAAACGCUGUUGAAUUACUUCCACCGAGAAGGCGAGAAUUGGAAAAAGCAAAUGAUUAG